CGCAAGAUGGCGUCCAUCAUGGAAGGGCCGCUGAGUAAAUGGACUAACGUAAUGAAGGGCUGGCAGUACCGUUGGUUCGUGCUGGACUACAAUGCAGGGCUGCUCUCCUAUUACACAUCCAAGGACAAAAUGAUGAGAGGCUCUCGCAGAGGAUGUGUUAGACUCAGAGGAGCUGUGAUUGGUAUAGACGAUGAGGACGACAGCACCUUCACAAUCACUGUUGAUCAGAAAACCUUCCAUUUCCAGGCUCGUGAUGCUGAUGAACGAGAGAAGUGGAUCCAUGCCUUAGAAGAAACUAUUCUUCGACAUACUCUUCAGCUUCAAAUCAGUACCACACUUGCUUUUUUCCAGUCUUCUGGUAUCUCUCCAGUUCUUGAAUUUUCAAAAAUAAUUGGUUUGGAUUCAGGAUUUGUUCCUAGUGUCCAAGACUUUGAUAAGAAACUUACAGAGGCUGAUGCUUACCUACAAAUCUUGAUAGAACAGUUAAAGCUUUUUGAUGACAAACUUCAAAACUGCAAAGAUGAUGAACAGAGAAAGAAAAUUGAAACUCUCAAAGAGACAACAAAUAGCAUGGUAGAAUCAAUUAAACACUGCAUUGUGUUGCUGCAGAUCGCUAAAGACCAGUGUAAUGCGGAGAAGCACGCAGAUGGAAUUAUAAGUACUAUUAAUCCUGUAGAUGCAAUAUAUCAACCUAGUCCCUUGGAACCUGUGAUCAACACAAUGCCUUCCCAGACUGUCUUACCUCCAGAACCUGCUCAGUUGUGUAAGUCAGAGCAGCGUCCAUCUUCUCUACCAGUUGGACCUGUAUUAGCUACUACCUUGGGACAUCAUCAGACUCCAACACCAAAUAGUACAGGCAGUGGGCACUCACCACCUAGUAGCAGUCUAACUUCUCCAAGCCAUGUCAACUUGUCUCCAAACACAGUCCCAGAGUUCUCUUAUUCUAGCAGUGAAGAUGAAUUCUAUGAUGCAGAUGAAUUCCAUCAGAGUGGCUCAUCCCCAAAGCACUUAAUAGAUUCCUCUGGAUCUGCCUCAGUCUUGACACACAGCAGCUCAGGAAAUAGUCUAAAGCGCCCAGAUACCACGGAAUCACUUAAUUCUUCCAUGUCCAAUGGAACAAGUGAUGCUGACCUUUUCGAUUCACAUGAUGAGAGAGAUGAUGAAGGGGAGGCAGGGUCGGUGGAAGAGCACAAGAGUGUUAUCAUGCAUCUGUUGUCACAGGUUAGGCUUGGAAUGGAUCUCACUAAGGUAGUUCUUCCAACAUUUAUUCUUGAAAGAAGAUCUCUUUUAGAAAUGUAUGCAGACUUUUUUGCACAUCCGGACCUGUUUGUGAGUAUUAGUGACCAGAAGGAUGCCAGAGACCGAAUGGUUCAGGUUGUAAAAUGGUACCUCUCAGCCUUUCACGCAGGAAGGAAAGGAUCGGUUGCCAAAAAGCCAUACAACCCCAUUCUGGGCGAGAUCUUUCAGUGUCACUGGACAUUACCGAAUGAUACUGAAGAGAAUGUGGAGCUAGUUUCAGAAGGACCAGUUCCCUGGGUUUCCAAGAAUAGCGUAACAUUCGUGGCUGAGCAGGUUUCCCAUCAUCCACCCAUUUCAGCCUUUUAUGCUGAGUGUUUUAACAAGAAGAUACAAUUCAAUGCUCAUAUCUGGACCAAAUCAAAAUUCCUUGGGAUGUCAAUUGGGGUGCACAACAUAGGACAGGGCUGUGUCUCGUGUCUAGACCAUGAUGAACAUUACAUUCUCACAUUCCCCAAUGGUUAUGGAAGGUCUAUCCUCACAGUGCCCUGGGUGGAACUAGGCGGAGAAUGCAAUAUUAAUUGUUCCAAGACUGGCUAUAGUGCCAAUAUCGUCUUCCACACUAAACCUUUCUAUGGGGGCAAGAAGCACAGAGUUACUGCUGAGAUUUUUUCUCCAAAUGACAAGAAGUCUUUCUGCUCAAUUGAAGGGGAAUGGAAUGGUGUAAUGUAUGCAAAAUACUCAACAGGGGAAAAUGUAGUUUUUAUAGAUACCAAGAAGUUGCCUAUAAUCAAGAAGAAAGUGAGGAAGUUGGAAGAUCAGAAUGAGUACGAAUCCCGCUGCCUUUGGAAGGAUGUCACUUUCAACUUAAAAAUCAGAGACAUUGAUGCAGCAACUGAAGCCAAGCAUAGACUUGAAGAAAGACAAAGAGCAGAAGCCCGAGAAAGGAAGGAAAAGGAAAUUCAGUGGGAGACAAGGUUAUUUCAUGAAGAUGGAGAAUGCUGGGUUUAUGAUGAACCAUUACUGAAACGUCUCGGUGCUGCCAAGCAUUAGGUUGGGAAAUGCAAGAUUUGCUCCUGGUGACCCGGGCAGGAGGCACAGUGAAGUAACAGUCUUCCUUUGGGAGAACCUAUUCACUCCCUUCUUAUUGCAGUGGUUCCUAUCUCAGGGAUACUGGACUUUCUGAUGCAGAUGAACAAUUAAAGCGAGAAAAGCUUCCCUUUU